AUGGAUCAUACUUGUUUCCAGUCACGGCUUCGAGGUUGGUUUCAAUUAUUUUUAACUUCUUUCUAUACAUUACCAUGAGCUAUUCAGAAAUUGGAGUGUUUUUCACACAAUUAUGUUUUACUCCAUGUAAUAAAUUAUUUUUUUACUACCUUUAGUCACGUAUGAAUUAUAGGCUUUCAGAGAAUUCAGCAAAGAUUCUUGAACUGGAUAAGACGUAUUUUUCAGAAUCCCACAUAAAAAUUGGAUUACUGAUGACUUUAGUCUCAGGUUCCAGCUAUGAUAAUCGAAAAAAGCUUGAGAUUUCUAAAAGUUAACUUUUGAGUUUUUUGGUUUCAAUAUCCUUUUUCUAACUGUGAAAUGGGUGUUUUUUCCCCUAAACCUUCCUACUUACUUUAUUCUAUCAGAAUUGGAGAGAUAGAAAAAGAAAAAAAAAGUUAAUAGUUCGUGAGGGACUGGGUCACUGCAAACAAAACCAUGUACAGAUAACAAUCUUUGAUAUUGAUUAUUUUCCUCCUGUCAUUUGAAAAAUGUCUUUUAUCAUCAUAAACCCGUAUAAAGUAGGAACUUGUCUUUCAAAUCGUUCCAAAAGUUAAUUUUUUUGGACCCGAGUUAAACUUAAAUGGUGAAAAGGGAAAAUCGCCAACCGGUCUUCAAUCAACGCCGCGUGACCUGUGAAUGACAGCCAAGAGCGGAAAUGUCGCUUCUUUUUAUUGUCAAGGCCUCCCCCGUCUUUUCGUUUUUUUUUUUUUCAACAUUUAGAUUGUUAAGAAACGCUUUGAAUAUGUAUAAAUCAAUUUGGAUUUCUUCAAAUCUUUAGAAAACUUUUAUCUGAAGAAAACACCAUCUUUUUUUUUUACCGACAGUCAUUUUUCAAAAAAACAAAAACUCAAAAUUUUUUUUCCUUUUUUAUCGAUAAGAUAAAAUGUUUAACGUUGAUUCAUUGGAGAUUUUUCUGUUCACGCCAGUCAGUUACAGAGUUAGAAAAUCGUAUUCGCAAAUGGAAACUGCUCAAACUUGGCUUCGUAGAGACAAGAUUGCGCGAACGACGGGACAGACGGUCAAGUUCAACGGGUCGUUGUGAGUAAAAAAUUUUCUUCGAGUUUAUUUCUCCAUUCCAGCUGUUCGAAACGUAGAAGAAGAGCCUAGCACAAAAGAAGUUCGCAGCAAAAUAUCGCCUUUGGCGUUAGGUAAACUCCCGGAUGGGAUCGGUUUAAGCAGCACAAGCAACGGCUCGAGCCAACUUUCAACAAUGCACAAUCGACCUCUGCGACCAACUCACAUCGGAAGCAUGACUACUCCGAUCGAGAGAAAAAGACGUGAGUUUCAUUUCUGAACGGUUUUGCCUGUACAAAGUUCAAGAAAAUUAUCAAUUUCUCAUCAAAAACUACAAGUUGCCGAAAUCGCUAUUCUGUCAUUGCUCCAUUUUUGAUUCAAAAAAAAUUGAAAUACUUUAUAAUAGUUUUAUUUGAAAAUUCUCGCACUAAACGAGUUUUGUAGCUUCUUUGGGUUUAUCGAUGCAACCUUCGCCUUCAAGAAGAGAUCCUGAACUAGAAGCGGUCGAAAGAAGAUUUCAAGACGCUAAAUUAGAGUCAGGAAGGCUACGAUUGCUAGGUAUACACUAAAGUGUGCAAUGUUGUAAGAUAUUUAAUAAAUAACAGAUAAGGAAAUCAAUAUUUCAAUGGAAGACAUCAACUACGAUGAAUACAGAGAUCGAAUAGGCCAUGGAACGUGUGGAACUGUUUACCGGGUCACUUAUGAUACUCACAUAAUGGCUAUGAAGGUCUGUGUUUUUGUUGAUUUUCAGUGCACAAAAUCUUUCAGAAAAAAAGAUCUUUUUGUAAUUACUGGCAGCCAGAAUGAAAUUUUUUUGAUAUAUGACUUUUUGAAUAUUUUCUCAGAUGUUUUGCUUAAACUUGAAUGAAUUUCCAGACGAUGCAAAAAACACCCGACAAAAACGUGAUUAAACGAAUUCUGCAAGAUCUCGCCGUAACUAUCCGUCAAAUGAACUCUCCUUUUAUUGUCUCUCACUAUGGAUAUAUUAUAGAUGAGGUAAAGCUUUUUUUUCAAUAGAAAGAAGGAACAUAUCAAUUUCAGACAUCUGUGCGAAUAUUCAUGGAGAUGAUGGUGAAAUGCUGCGACCGAUUGCUGCGUCGAUUAGUGCCCGAGAAACGUUCAUUUCCAGAGAGAGUGGCUGGCAGAGUCGCUUACUCAAUGAUUCACGCCCUGGACUAUUUGAAAGAGAAGCAUGUGAGAAAAACUUAAUGAAAUUUUAGAAGUCUUAUGAAAUCAAUCAUUUGUAGAAAGUUAAAGUCGAAUUGCGCAAAGAAAAAAAGUCAACAAUUUUUUUAAUAAUUUAGGAAAAAUUCAAAAUUAUUUUAAAAGAAAAGAUUCUCAACAAGAUCACAAGAGCGUUCGAAGAAAAUAAAAAUAUAGUUUGCCAUGUACAGUAUAUGGGUUUUCUGGGGUCAGCUUUCUAAGAAAAAAAUAGCGGCAUGAUCCAAUUUUUGAUUUUUUUAAAACGAAGAUAAUUACACCUCGAUACGAUUUUUUUAAGAAAAAUGAACUAUCUGGUUUCUAUCAAAAAUUUUUACCAGAAAUUUUUUUAAAAUAUUCAAAAUUUUAAAAUUUUUACCAGAAACUUUGGUAAAUGGUUUUUUUCAAAAUUGAAAGUGUGAAAAAUUUCCUUCCAUUUAAAAAAAUUUAAAAAAAUUAUGAAAUAUCUCCAGGAAAUGAUUCAUCGUGACAUCAAACCAUCAAACAUUCUCUUCGACUGGGACGGUCGAGUGAAACUUUGCGACUUUGGAAUAAGUGGAUAUCUCAUCAACUCGAUUGCGCGCACCGGCACAGCAGGAUGUCCGCCUUACAUGGCUCCAGAACGCCUUGACCCCGAAGUAAUUUCUCUCAAAGUUCUAUUCUUCUAAUACUAAAAGCUUCAACAAAAUAUAUUUGUUCUCUUAUAUAGCUCGGUUCUUUUGUAUAUGAAUGCUCAUAAAAGCCUUAUAAAAAGCGUAAAAUUGAUCAAAUAAUUGUUCCAGCAUAGCUCAAAUUACGACGUCCGAAGUGAUGUUUGGUCCCUAGGUAUUUCAAUAAUCCAGAUGGUCACAGGAAGGUUUGAUUGUUAAAUGCGUUUUCCCUCUAUAAUACAUUUAAAGAUAUCCCUAUGACUACGAUCCAUCAAAAGAAAUAAACACUCUUCUUCGCAUCAGCGACAUGCAAGAACCUCCUCCAAAGUUGGACACAGAAGUAAAACAAGUUCUGAUUGUAUGGUACUAAUUAAAGGCUACAGGACGGCUUCUCUGAAAACUUCGUAAAUUUCGUCGAUUCCUGUUUGGUGAAAGAUUUUCAAUUGAGACCAAAAUAUCAAAAACUCAAGGUAAAUCAAACUAUCAUCAUUGCUCAAUAAAAGUUUUUUUUAGUAUGAUCCCUUCAUUCUGGAACACGAUCCGACUUCGGAAACCUAUAAAAUUUCUGAGGUUUGUGAAUUUCCGAGAAAGCUGAAAGCUUUCAAUUGAAGGAGGAACCAGAUGUGGACGAGGUUGCUCAUUGGCUCAGGAUGGUGGUCAAAACAACGUCACCGGAAAACGAGAAAAUCAUGCUCCCACACACGCCAAAUCCAGUUUCUUGAAGUCCUGAAAUCAGGGGACAAGCUUCCUUCAAAAGUUUUAUCAAAAUUCCCACUUUUUUGGUCCCACCUAGCAAUCCCUUUCUUAUCAUUCGUCUACCUCUGACUCAGUUUUUUUUUGGCCCAGCCCGUACAGUGAUAAAUUUGCCUCAGGCUUUUUUGAUAUUCAUUUUAACAGUUUUCUGCUCCACAAAACUUCAGCUUCAUUUUAAAUUUUUUAAGUUGAUUUGUUUGGCAUGAAUGAUCUUUCGAUAAUCUGUGGUGCUUUGAAGCUCUCAGUUUUUUGUUGUAAUAAAAUCCAUUUUUCAUCAGCGCAUAUUCGUCAUUUCUUAGAAAAGGAAUAAUUGAUUCGAUACUUUUGAAUUUGCAUCUCCAAAGUUGCCCUUUCAUCUUUUUUUUUAGAGCACUAUGGUUAAGAAGCGUAAGUUACAAAGAAUUUUUUGUUUGGCGUUCAGUCUGGCGUUCAGUUUUCGAACUGAAGAUCAAAAAUGAUGUUGUUCCGGACGAAAAGGACGAAAAUGUUUUCAAAAACUCUGGGAAACUGACUAUUGCAGGUAUACCUGGAAAUUAUCCGGAAAGUUUUAAUUUUUUUCUGUAAAAAUAAAUUUUUUUAUACUUUUUGAAAGAAUCAAUAUUGACUGGAAAAAAAUUUUUCUCAAUACGCUUGUAUCAGAAUGUUUUUUUGCACAUUUUUUUAUUGAACCGUUCAGAUGUGACCUAUGAAUCUGUAAGCAUUGAUCAAUUGAAAAGUGAGCUGUGCGGAUUCCUUGGAAGUGGUGUCAGCGGAAAGGUAGAAACAAGGUCGUUCAAUGGCUAUAAAAUGGCCGUCAAAGUAAGUUCUGAAUCGAAAAAGUCAAAAACUGAUAUACUCAGAAAUUUUCAAGUUUUUACAGUAAAAUACAGAUUAUGAAUUCGACAAGUGUGCCAGAAGAGGAGAAGAAAAGAAUGAUUCGAGAACUCGAAGCUCUACCAAUCUGUAAGGAGCCAUUCGUUGUGACUUACUACGGAUACAUCAUCACCAGAAAUCUCGAUGUAACCUUUCAAAUAAUUGUAUUUGAAUAUGAGAGUUUUUUUCAGCAAAACACAAUCUACAUAUGCAUGGAAAUGAUGGCAUAUUCGUGUCAGAAACUCGUUGAAUUGGCGAAAAGUUUGGAAAUUACUAUACCGGAAAUUGUUCUCGGGCGAAUAGCAUGUUCAGUUGUCCGAGCGCUCAGUACAUUGAGAGCAAAACACGUGGGGACUAAUUGAAAUUUUUCCUUACCUUUUCUGCCGCAGGCGAUCAUUCAUAGAGACAUCAAACCUUCUAACAUUUUGCUUGAUAACGACGGCCGAGUCAAAAUUUGCGAUUUCGGGCUUUCUGGAAAUUUGACUGCUUCUAAGAAAGCCUAUUCAAGGGACGCUGGGUGUCCUUCUUACAUGGCUCCCGAGAGACUUCAGUUCGGUUCGGCUGCUCCUUCGAGCUCCAAGAAACCUGGAGUCAGUUUGAAGCUUUUUUUUUCACGCAAACAGCAUGAAUUAUAGUAGAAUUUUAUACGGUUCUGACUCAGGAUCAGUUGACAUAGACAGAUUCUAGGAGGAAAAAAAAUUGUAGGCUAUGAAAAUUCAUCAAAAAUUGCUUUUCAACAAUCUUCAAUCUGACAGACGACGAAGUCCUCGCAAAUAAUAAGCCAUCUAUUUCCACUUCAAACGUUGAAAUUUUUUGCUUUUCAUGUAAGAAGAGGUUGCAGCAAAUCAAAUUAAAAAUAAAAUCUGUAAUCUUUGUUUUUAUUACCACGCGCAUGGGAUAACAGGAGCAAACAUAAAAAAAAAUCUCAAAAACUGAACUCAGGGUAAGUUCUCCUUUUGAACCCCAAUGUUCAAAUUCAAUAUGCUAGUUUUUAUUCUAAUAUUUUUGAGAUGUAUGAUGAUAACGCUUACGACGAACGAAGUGAUAUUUGGUCUUUGGGUAUUUCUCUACACGAAGCAGCUAGUUUGAAGUUUUUUUUUCUCAUUUCCCGAAAAUCACAAUACUAGAAAUCUUUAAGGCUACCAUUCGACAAUUCGUUUUUUGGUGUGGCUCAAAAAGCUCCUGAACCCUUAGCCUUGGUUUUCAAAGCAAUCUGAGAAAGCACGAAUCAUUAUUUAGGAUCGAUUCUCUACGAACUUGAGCAGUUUUGUUCAGAUGUGCACAAUACCAGAAAUGGAGAAUCGCGCAAAAUAUGCAGAUUUGGAGGUCCCUCUCUCUGCGAAUGCAGCAACAUUUCAGCGAUUUUCAGAAACACGACUUUUUCCUGGAGCAUGAUCGUCCGAUUGAAAAUAUUGGUCACGAGUACGAUGCAGUUGGGCGUUGGCUAGAUGAAUUGCAAGAGCGUCAGUCAAAACGCAAUUUUCGUAGCUUUCCGAACACAAAAUUCUAA